AUUUUUCUUUCAGCGCAAGUGCGUGGCGUGGGUGUCCGUUUGUGGUGUUUGUCCCUGUUUGUCCUAUUUUCAGUGAAAAAAAUCUAAUUUUCAAUUAAAUUCCGAAUACAGCAACUUAGCUUCGUUAAACUUGUCCGUGGUUGUCCUAUGGUUUCAAAAUGUCCCAUCUUAAUCACUGCCGUUUGUGCUUGAAGGAGGUUAUCGACCCAGCUAACGCAGCCAAUAUUUACACCAAGCUCUCCGAUGGAAUCCCGCUGGCGGAACACUUGGAUUCGCUUUUUGAUAUUCUGGUCGGUGACUACAGCGACGCUGAUGUUCUGAAGCUGUUGUGCUCAGAGUGUGUAGGACAUAUUACCAGAUGUGCAUCCGGUAACGCAUCCGUCCAGGAACUCGAGACAAUCGGAAAUAGAUUCCGCAGCAUGGAGGGUAACGCGAGGAUGUUUAUCCGCGGACAGUCACUGCAAAUCGGCAGCAGCCCGAACAGUUCGAUCAAUUCUCCGUUCGGCAUGAGCACACCAAAGGUGGGAACCGUACAGCCCCUUUCGGCAUCAACCGGACACAAACGUACCGCCAGGGAUGCUGACUUGGAUUGGCGUCUAAGCCAACCAUCUACCAGCCGUGGUGGCGGCAGUCGACGAUUGGACCGCUCUCAGAAGAAAGUGGUCGUUCGUGAAAUUCAACUGGACGAGGAGGAUGAAGAUGCCCGUGAAACAGUGGUCAAAACAAAGUGUCCAUUUUGCAAAAUGACCUACGUGCGUCAUACGGCUCUGGUCAAACAUGUUGAAUCGAUUCAUCCGGAGAAGGGAGUAAAAUUCAAGAGGUGCGACUAUUGCGCGAGAAGUUUCCUGAAUGCGGCCGAGCUGAAGACACACAACAGCACCUGUCCUAAGAAGAGAAGCAGUGGUGGCGGCUGGUGGGGCUGGCGUCGCCGAGGAUGGUGGUGAGCAACUCUUACGGUCGCAUGAUUUAACCUUUCAGAUAUUUCAAAGCAAUACCUACUUCUUUUUUAAUAACUUGAACUAAUACUAUUAAAUAUUGUUUUGUUUUAAAUGUUUUCAAAUAAACAUUAAUUACCUAA